AUGCAGGUCCCCACGGGCGUGCUGGGCAAUCUGACGCCUGACCAGGAAGCCCGCCUGCAGCAGCUAUGGAUGUUUCUGCUCAACGCCUUUGAGGGCGCCGACUCGUCGAUUGCCAGUCAAAACACAUUCACGUCGCGCACCAGCUUCGACGAGCUGCCGCGCUCGCCCAACAGCUUCGACACGGUGCGCACUGGCAGUCGAUACAGCCUGUCCAGCCAUGCAAAUAAUAACAACGCGGACUUGCAUCUGCCUCCGACGCCGACCAGCCCAGUCUCGGGUCCCAAAAGGGCAUAUACGCAGCCUGUUAAUAAUAAUUAUGAUAACAACAACAGCAAUAACCCCAAAAAACUGCGCCGCCGCACUUCCAUCCUCAGCAAUGCAUCCGAAUCGUUCGUCGCCCGCACCGCCUCCACGCACAAGCGUGCCAUGAGCUUUCAUGCACAGUCCAUGGGUGGCGUCAAUCUGCGUCCCAGUCCGCAGAAUGCGCAGGUCAUGGCACGUGUCAUGGCCUCGUACAAGCUGUCCCCGGACGAGCUGCGACAAACACUGCUCGGAUCCGUGAAAAACGACCACCCGGACUCCAUGCUCCUACGCUUUCUGCGCGCCCGGAAAUGGGAUGUCGGGAAAGCGUUUGUGCUGCUGGUGUCGACCAUGGCCUGGCGAGCGAAGAAGAUGCACGUUGACGACGACAUUAUCCCGAGAGGGGAGUUGUAUGCGAUGCAGCAGAUGGCAAGCCCGAAUCGGCGUGAGAAGCGCGCGGGAAAUGACUUUGUGAAGCAGCUGCGUAUGGGCAAGAAUAUUAUUCAUGGGGUUGAUCGUGCUGGGCGGCCGAUUGUCGAUAUCAGGGUGCGUCUGCACCAUGCUGAUGACCAGAGCGAUGCGGUGCUGGAGCGUUAUAUUGUGCAUACCAUUGAGGUGUGCCGCUUGCUGCUGCGGCCGCCAGAGGUUGAAACUGCUGUCCUCAUCUUCGACAUGACCGACUUUUCCAUGUCCAACAUGGACUACACGCCCAUCAGAUUCAUUAUCAAAUGCCUAGAAAACUUCUAUCCAGAAUGCCUCGGACUAAUUAUCAUCCACAAAGCGCCGUGGUUUUUCUCAGCAUCCUGGAAAAUCAUCAAAACCUGGAUGAACGACUCGCUCAAGUCCAGAGUCCACUUCACCAAAACCCUCGACGACCUGGCUCAAUUCAUCGCCCCGGAAAACAUCCCCGCCGACCUGGGCGGCCCAGACGCUUACAACUAUCGCUAUCUCGAGCCGGACACCAACGACAAGGCCGAAACACUCUCGAACGAGACAUACUCUCCGACACGCGAGUUCCUGCAGGGCCAGCGCCAGCGCAUUGCCUCGGAAAUGCUCGACGCCACGCGCCUGUGGCUGCAGACGUCGGCCAUGCGCGACCGCAUCGGCACUGCGCUGCAGCAUGAUCGAAGGGUUGAGUUGAUUGAGGAGUUGCGGCUGAAUUACUGGCGUCUAGACCCGUUUGUGCGUGCGCGCACGCAUCUUGAUAGAGAAGGGGUGAUUGUCGGUGACGGGGUUGGGUCGGUCAAUAUUUAUCCGCAUCGGGUUGCUGCUAUCCUGGAUGAUAUGGCUGAAGAGGACUCGGAUGAGUCUGGGUCGGCGGCGUCGUCGGCGACGGCGUCGUUUGCUAAUGGACUUGCCAAUGGACAUGACCAUAGACACAGUGUGCAGAGUGUGCAGAGUGUUCAGAGUGGUAAUAACGACGGCUUCGAUUUCGGGCUCACAAGCCAUCUCAGCGACGACACUGAAACAGAAAGCAGCAUGUCCAUGCGCGACAGCUUCAUGCGCGAGUACGACGAUAGCAUGAUUAGCGAGGAUAUGAUCAGCGAAGUCGACGAGCUGCCAGCAGUCGCCCAGCAGCAACAACAGCAACAACAGCAACAACAGCUGCAAACCACCCAGCAUACAACAACCCCCCCAGCACAACCCAAAACACACACCCCUAUCGAAGAACCCUCAACUCAUAGCCACCGCGAGAGUUAUAGCCAAGACGAAGAAAUGAGUGACUUUGACGACGACGAUUUCGACGACGAUGAUGAAGACGUCGAAAUCCACGACGCCGUGACGCACAUGGUCGGCGGACGCGGCAGCGGUAUUGUGCACCGCGCGGCUGUGCGCGUUGUCAACGUUUGA